GGCUGAAAGAAUAUGUCCGAUGUUGCUGACUGGGGUGUGAAAUGUGACAUUCUUGUGUUUCAAUGGAGUGCUCUAAAGUGAAACAGGAGACUGUGAGGACAGUUCGGUUCAGAGUAGCAUCUGCCAACAGUGGUCGUGUGUUGGCUGAAGUGUUCAAGGAUGAGACAAGGAGGUCUGGCUUGGUGCCUAAGCCAGUGGACUUGGACAGCACCCGUGGUCCUGAGGCCCAGCAGAAGGUCUCGUCUCCCCCCAGUGAGGCCAACAGCCACCUGAAAGGGCUGCUGGUGGAAUCUUCUCAUGAGGAGAAUGGCGGCGAACCCGAUGACCUGCUUUUGUAUGCUAGUGCCAAGAGAGAGACACUCUUCAGCAACAAGCGACUCAAUAUCUGCAGCAAAAAUGGAACAAUUAGAGGGGUGAGGAACAAAGUGAGCGCAGGUCAAGUGCUUUUCAACAACCUCUCCAAAAUGUACUCCGUAAGUUGA